UUGAUUGUCAGCGCUUGAGCUUCUCAUCAGUGGUUCUGUGUGUCUGUGUGGGCGCAGCCGGGCUUAAAAAUAACUUUUUUUUCAUUGGCAGCAAAGCUGUUUUCGACAUUUGCUAUAAUGUACCGAGUGGUAGCAGCUUCCGAGCUAACCCGUAAAACAUCCCGUAAGCACGCAAAUUAACCCAGCUGUUACGUGGAUUUUUCUCCGGCCACCUCAGGAUGCUGGCAGCCACCUGGGUGGGGCUGACGCGGAUCACAGAGACCGGGAGCAGCUCUCAGGGAUAAGCCGAACCGAGCCGGAUCGCUGCUCCUCUACCUGCCCUUUUCUGUUCUUUGAAAGCAACGUGGGCGGCUUUCAGAAGGGUGAAAGCCGCCACCCCACCAGCCAUGACCAAGUCCGAGCCGAAGAGAGGCGGCGUGUCCGCCGGCAAGUGCGCCAGCGCCGCAUCCGCCGCCGAGCAGGUCCACAACGACUCGUUUGACUUGGGCUUCCCGGAGCCGAGCCCCGCGGCCAGAGCCAAGGUGCUGAAGCAGACAUCCAAGGAGAGCCUCCACCGGAGGAACGCGGAGUGCGAGGUGUAUGACGACGGGACCAACACCUUUUUCUGGCGAGCCCACACCCUGACAGUGCUGUUUAUUCUGACCUGCGCCCUGGUCUACGUCACGCUCCUGGAAGAGACGCCUCAGGACACGGCCUACAACACUAAAAGAGGCAUUGUGGCCAGCAUCUUGGUGUUCCUCUGUUUUGGGGUAACGCAGGCCAAAGAUGGACCCUUCACCCGACCCCAUCCAGCUUACUGGCGGUUCUGGCUCUGUGUUAGUGUCGCCUAUGAACUCUUCCUCAUCUUCAUCCUCUUUCAGACGGUGCAUGAUGGACGACAGUUCAUGAAGUACAUCGACCCUAAACUAGGGGUCGCGCUGCCUGAGCGCGACUAUGGAGGAAACUGCCUCAUUUACGACCCGGGCAACGCCACGGAUCCUUUUCACAACCUCUGGGAUAAGAUGGAUGGCUUCGUUCCAGCUCACUUCCUGGGAUGGUACAUAAAGACGCUGAUGAUUCGGGAUUGGUGGAUGUGUAUGAUCAUCAGUGUGAUGUUUGAGUUCCUGGAAUACAGCCUGGAGCACCAGCUACCAAACUUCUCAGAGUGCUGGUGGGACCAUUGGAUCAUGGAUGUGUUGGUGUGCAACGGUUUGGGGAUCUACUGCGGCAUGAAGACACUGGCCUGGCUGUCCAUGAAGCCGUACCAGUGGCAGGGCCUCUGGAACAUUCCUACGUACAAGGGGAAGAUAAAGCGCAUAGCAUUCCAGUUCACACCGUACAGCUGGGCCAAGUUCGAGUGGAGGCCGGCUUCAGACCUUCGGCGCUGGCUCGCUGUGUUGGGGAUUAUCUUCAUGUUCCUGUUGGCGGAGCUGAACACCUUCUACCUGAAGUUCGUGCUGUGGAUGCCUCCCGAACACUACCUGGUGCUGCUGCGCCUCGUCUUCUUCGUCAACGUGGGCGGCGUGGCCAUGAGGGAGAUCUACGACUUCAUGGACGACCCGAAGUUCCACAAAAAGCUGGGCCAGCAGGCGUGGCUGGUGUCGGCCAUAACGGUGACGGAGUUCCUCAUCGUGGUCAAGUACGACCCCCACACCCUCAUGCUGCCCAUCCCCUUCUCCGUUAUGCAGUGCUGGUUCUUGGGCAUCUUCCUCAUCCUCAUCUGGACCCUGUGGAGGUUCUUCAUCCGUGACAUCACGCUCCGUUACAAAGAGACGCGCCGGCGCAAACAGGAAAUGCCCGUGGACUGGGACCGCCAGCUGGGGAACGGCAGCCCGGUGGGGGCGGCCGGAGCGGCUGGGGCGGCGUCGGGCCGCAGCAAACUGAACGGCAGCUCCGACGCGCUGCGGCAGAGGAAGUCCUGAGAGGAAACGGAGGGGGAAGUUUGUGCAAAGACACACGGAGAGGCAACCAGGUGGACUUACUCUUGUGCCUACAGCAACAACCUCAAAGGGGCGCCAUUGUUGCUGAAAGGUGUAGUUAGUCGCACUACAAGAAGUUACCUCAUUCUGCUUCUUUUUUUUCUUUUCGACACAGUCAUGACUCUACUCUCUAGAAAAGUUUUUGUACCCGUCUUGAAUGUUUCAGGGCUGACAGGCGACUCUUUGAAUCCGAUCAGUUUCCAUUUUUACCGCGAACGAAACGCUGCGAGCGUCGGCAACAUUCCCCCGCCUGUAAAUAUUCCCGCUUUCCGUUGCGAAGGUGAGAGAUGUCGCCAACUUCCUGUUGGCCACUGCUAUGCAAUCGGAGAGUCUGGGAUUUCUUUAUCCAAUUAACAAUCAGAAAAUGAAAUUUGUUCUGCAAGUCCGAGUCAUUUUUGACGGUUUAAAGCUGGUCCCAAGUACACAAGACAAUGUAUAUAUGCUGUUUAGUUAGGGUUUUUAUUAUUAUUAUUAUAGUUAAUAAGAUUUUAGGUUGGUUUCCAGGAUGUGUGAGACUUUCAAAGUAAGAACCUCCUGAAAAUGUUCACUUUGAGUUGAAGGAAAAUCUUCAUGUUGCAUUCUAAUUAUUUACCUGGUGAUGUAAUCGUUUGGGGAGGAGGGAUGCACGGUUGGGUGGUUGAUUUUUAAGCUCUGGUUUGUGCUGGAGUUUCAUUACGAUUGUUGAAAAUCAGGUUGUCGGUGCGGGACGAAAAAAUUGAGAAAAAAAUCAGGUUUUCGAAAAUGACACCGUCUUUUUGUUACAAGAUGAACUAAAUCUUUGAAAUUUCACAUACGAAACCUGAUGUAAGCUUAUUUUUCUCUGCCUAAAUAAGGUUUCUUUGCCUCCUCGUCGUCCAGUGAGAGAACUUGAAGCCUUUUAAAGCAUCUCUGCUCGGAGUAAAUCGAAAAUAUUUUAUGAUUAGAACCAAAAACCAAAGCUAGGAAUCUAAAGCUAGGAUUAUUUAAGACGUUUAUGUUCCAAACCUGUGGACUCUGGGUUCAUUUAGAAAACCUUUUUUGUUUUAAACGGCUUUACGUCAUUAGUGAUCACUCUGAAAAAAUCUAAAAGGAAAGAAACUGUUACCAAAACUUAGUGUUUUUUUUUUUUGUUUGUUUGUUUUUGCCUUUGUGACAAAGAUGCUGACAGAAGUAGGCGCCGUUCACGGCCUGUGAAUCACGGCUUCUGUCCUUCCUGCUGUGGGAUCCAGCUUGUCGAGACACUUGUCUACAAAAUCGGUUGAAGGCAGCAGAAUUUUAAAAACAGACUUAAUUUUUGCCAAACACUAGACCGAAACAUGCCAUUUCUUAUCUUUAAUGAAUACACUGAAUUCUGUGCACAGUUAAAUUAUUUCCUGCCAUAUAUUCUAUUUAUCUGAUGUGUUGCACUUCAUUUUUUUCAUCCCAUCCUUGGAAGGUUUUAAGGUUCCUCAGUUUCUCCCCCUUACGUUGUUUUUUUUUGUCAUUUAAUUGAAUUAAAUAUUUUUACCAUAUUAAAUAAAAGUGUCCAAAUUACACUUGAGAAGUGAAAAUAAGAAAAAGUCAGAAGAGGAAAUUGAAAAAUAAUUGCCUAAAUUAAAUUGUUUUCCAUGUGGGUGUUUGGCUAGCAUCUUUCUGCCACACGGGGGCGCUAGAUAUCGUCGUUUGAGCUCCGUGCAGCCAUGUUUCAAUGUACUUUGAGUAAAUGUGAACAUGUUAGGAAUUAACAGGAUUAUGCUGCUGCUCAAUAUAAUUUUAUAAAGUUUUUUUUUAAAUAAAAUCAAUCAAAACUGAA